AUGUUUGGUGAUCUUCCGUCAUUCUCUGGUACUCCCUUCCAUGGUCUUGAUGAAAUGCAUCUGUUUACGAAUGUUGCCAAACUGUUUUUUGAUAUAAUGUCUCCCGUAUACAACAAGCGUUUCAAGUAUAAAGGCAAUGAAGCAGCAUACCCGUUUUUGUUUGAUCAUGUCAAAUAUGGCCCCUUGAUCAAGCAAUCCGUGGAUAUAUCCCGCCGUUCGAUCCCUAAUGAUUUUAACAGCACCUUCAACGGCGUCGAUCCUUCAAAAGCCUUGCGUGGUCAAUACAGCAUCUACGGCUAUGAAUUCCAUUGUUUAUGCGAUCACUUUGGCAAUGCAAUGGAAUACAAAGAAAGUCAAAUAAAAGAAAUAGAAAAAAAUGUGGAGGUAUUCUUCAAGUUUUUGGACAAAUGCCUCCAACAAAAACGUAUCUCUCUGACAAUCUUCCGUAUCAACCUGCAUUUAUUGACUCACAUUGCCGAGAUGAUCCGUAAACAAGGUGUCCUCAGGUCGUACUCUUGUCGUGCUGUUGAAAGGUCCAUCAAGCAGAUGAAGGAUAAGAUGAACGCAGCAAGAUUUGCUGGUGAAAACGCUAGUAACAUAGUUGAAAUCAGCAAUAUCAUCUCGUUCGUAAAAACCAUGAAGCUUGUUCAUUUUGGAGUAGCAGAAAAGUCUAUUGAUACAACAACAUUUGAAGAUCAUCCGGAUAUUGAUAGGGUGGAGGAUAAAGCUUCACUUUCGCAACUCUGGUCAACAUUUGGUCGCUUUUCUAUUUCGCUCAACAUGCCUGACAAGCAAAAACUGAUUGAUGGCACUUUUACAAUCUCAAUGAUUGGUAUCGCUUUAUGCCAUUAUAUAGCUAGAAUAAAGAAUAUCAGUAAGAGGCAAGUCCACUUUACACCAGAUCAGCAAUCCUACCCAAUUCGAUAUUCUUCAAGAAUGAAUCUUCAACAUGUCACAUAUCAUUCGCAGCUUCACAAAUAUAAACAAAAAAACAUUACGAAAGACGGAUACUUUGUCAUGUUCAAAUAUGCACAUGUUGUAUCGAUGAAGAGAUCACUGCUGAAUAUUACAUAA